CGUUUCGUGUACGCGGCAAACCGGCGUUUUGCUUUAGUUUCUCAAUAGCGACCGGAGGAGGUGGACGAGUGUCGCGCGCGCCUUCUACCUCCCUUGAAACUCGUACAACGUAUUGCAAACUAAAUGUGCAUUUAACUGUACGGAUCUGUAUUUAUGAAUUAUAAUGUGUAGAAUGCAGUGUGUGUUGGCGUUACUCGCGCUCUCCGUGGGGUUGGCACACUCCUGGGAUAUUGCCGUCACUACAGGAGAUCAACUUGAAUUUUAUACCAACGGAACCAAAACUCACAAUGAAGAUGUUCAGUUCAGAGACCUCACGGCCUUAGCUUACGAUGCGGUGCACAACAUGCUGUUGUUUGUCGACAAACAGAGCGACAACGCUUCCAUAUUUAGCUUUAGCAUAUCUAACAACAAAACACAAUCUUUGGUGAGAAAGAAAGCAUACGAGAACAUCCAGGGUCUCGCCUUCGAUCCAGUUAAAGGAUUGCUCUUCUGGACUGACACAAAAGAGAGGAGCAUAUACUGGAUUUCACUAAAACCGGGAUCAAAGAACAAUGUUUACGGAAAUCUUUUGAUUAAGAUGGAUGACGAGAUCCCUAGGGCUAUUGCUGUGGACAGCUGCAGAGGGUAUAUUUACUGGACCAACACUAACACUACGAAGCCCACAAUAGAAAGAGCGCGUUUCAAUGGCUCGGAGAGGGAAGUUGUAGUCGACACUAACAUGUUCAUGCCAGUUGCCCUGACCAUUGAUCAGCAAACAAGAAAAUUGUACUGGGCUGAUGACAGGGAAGGCAUACACUAUUCGAUUGAAAGUUCCGAUUUGAACGGACAGGACAGAAAGACUUUAUUACUUGGCAUUCAUCAUCAGCCAAACGCAUUAACGGUGUCUAAAGACUCUAUUUAUUGGGUAGAUUGGGACUACAGGUCCGUUUGGCAAAUAUCAAAGUACUCAGAAGGAGAAACGGAACCGAAACAGAUUAGUAACUUCAAUAACGAAAUCACCUUCGGUAUCGCUGCCAACUAUAAGAUCGAAGACCAAACUCGGGGGAUUGAAGAGUGCAAAGAACUGGCGAGUUUGCCCCGUAAUGACUCGACAAUCAGUGACUCGAUCAACAUUCCUACAGAUGUCGGCCUUUUCUGCGUCCAUGGUGUUAAAGUUAAUGGGAAAUAUGUCUGCAAAUGCACUCCAGGCUAUACAGGCGAGAGAUGCGACAUCUCAGUCUGUCAGAACUACUGUUUCCAAGGGGACUGUAGCGUUGAUGCCGUGGGACAACCUAAAUGCAGAUGUAACGCUGGUUAUUCCGGGGAAAGGUGUGAGGUCAACGCGUGCCAUGGUUACUGUCUAAACAACGGACUGUGUUCACUGGAUGACAAGAGUGAGCCUGAAUGUCAAUGCAUAGGAGAUUAUGAGGGUUCAAGAUGUGAGGCAGCUAAGGUGUUCACAACUACCACUGAGAGCGUUGUCGUUAGUCCUUCUACAACUGUGGCGCCAGUCAAAGUUGAAACGAAUGAAAGUUGCCAGUGUAACAACACUCAACCGAUCCCCAGGUUGGCAAAAGAUGUCACUUCUGAUGAUUUUAUUUCGGAGAAUGUUAUAAAAAGCUGUGAUGAUGGUUGGGACCCAGUUAGGGACCCAGUCAUCAUAAUGCUGGGCGUUCUCUGUGGCUUACUUUGUUUGGCUUGCGCGGUACUCAUUACCAAAGUCCUGCACUUGAGAAGGAGGCCAAGGAUCAAGAAGCGUAUCAUCGUGAACAAAAAUGUAACACCAAUGACUGCACGGCCCGACCAGUGCGAGAUCACCAUUGAAAACUGUUGUAACAUGAAUAUCUGUGAAACUCCAUGUUUCGAACCAAGAUCAACGAUACGACCAACUUUACUAGAUUCUAAACCCGGCAAGGAAGAAAAGAAGAAUUUGAUCGCUAACAUGGAGUAUCCAGACGACCCUUACUAACAUCUAUGGAUUUGUUUUGAGUGGCGUACAAUACUUUGGCUAUAACACUAAGGCACAAUAUACAUAAGGAAUUAUUCGGGUAAAAGGUACUUAUUUUACUGUUUUUAUCUUUGAUAUAUGAAAGAAGUCAUGGCAUAAAAAAGUUUGGCCACUUUUUUAUAAUUAGGCUGUGAUGUUACGGGUGCUAAAGAAAUUGCUACAGUAGGUAUGGAAAUGACUGUAUUCAAAGCAAAAAGUCGCAUUCACCACAAGAAAGUUAUAUACAGGCUGUUAUAUUUUACCACUACUUGUAAUUGGACGUAAACUGGUGUAAGUGAUAAGCAGCAAUAUAAUAUACUUUUAUCAAUGAAAGUUUGUCCAAACCGGAUAUUCCCUAUGAUAUUGUGCCAAAGGUUUACAUACAUGUGAUAUUUGAUUAAGGGUUGAGUAAAAGACACGAACAAACGAUUACAUUAAUCUUUGUGCGUGCUCUAAGGGCUGUGUAUGAUUGCUAAAAUCUGAGUGCAUGGAAACUAGAUUUUAGGUGUUAUAUUAUUUAUUCGGGUGCAGUGGGAUCAGGCAUAUCGUAAUACGUAAACCUUGAGGAUCUUUGCUGAAAUUCACAUAUUUUGGUACAUGUUUUUUUUGUUAGCAUUCACAAGGUGCCUUCCUGUUAACUUAGUGCUUUACUACGAUAGCAUAUCCAUGAUUAAGUUCACACAUGUUGCCGAAACAUGCUGAUUUUAGCAGCGAUCCUACCGAAAUAGGCAUUUGAGUCGAUUUUUCGUUAUUUCCUGUUCUAUCAUUUCGGUAAACACUUGCUAUAUUUUAGUUUAUUGUAUCGAAAAAGUGUACUUAUGUCGAUUUCUAUGUUCUUUUCUUAUUUGAUUAAGUUUUAGCGACUUUGUGCCAAAGCUAAUAUUUUUCGUAUAACGAAUUGGUUGCUUCCUUAUGCAAUUUAUUAAAGAAAAUAUAAUCGGCAACGCCAAACGAUAACGUGAAAUGGUCUCGAUAUAAAAUAUAACGUAGCAUUUAUAAAGAAAUAAAAAUAGUGUACUAUUUGUACAGAUUUUUGUUAUUAUUUUGUAAUCACUGUUACCAAAUUAUUGUUUAAUCAUAAUCAUUAUUAUGGACAUUUUUAUUUAAUAAUAUUAUAAUUUUUUGAUUAUUUUCGAUAUGUCAUUGUAAGAAUUCUUUGAAAAUCAUCAAAAAAAAAUACUGCAUGGGUUGUAUUGUACGUCUUUAAGAAUUGUUUGAGACUUAAAUGUUUAACGUCUUAUUCCGUUUCUGUGUUCAAAUAUUUUAACCACCAAUGUGUCAUCAUUCUGUAGCUUGUAGCAGUUUUCUGCACACAAUGGCCCAAAUUAGUUUUUCAACUAAUUGAGCUGAAGCUUCAUAACAAAAUGUGUUCUUCCAUAAUGAUGAAAGUACUGCGAUUGUUGACUAUUUAUAAUCUUAACAAAAUGUGCGAACAAUACUGUUUUUACAAAGAGAAUGAUCUUUGCUAAUUUUCAUGAGCUUAGGUAAUUAUGACAAAUCUGUAAAAACUAUAUUGACUGUGAAAAUUAUUUAGGAUCAUCUCAAUCAGUGUUAUUGAAUGUCCCUAUCUGCUAAUAACCAUCAAAUAUAAGUUCUUAAUGAAUAUUGAAUUUCCAAAUAUUAUUAACACAGAAUUUGAAAGUUAUGGUAGAAGCGGGGACGUCUGAAAGGUUGUUCAUUUAGUUUGUAAUCAUCAUAUAAAUUUAACUAUAUCAACUGCUCGCAAUCAUUAUCCUUUGCCAAAAAACUUAAAUCUUAAAUGUGUAAUCAUGUACCAGUUUUAAUGUCGUUGUAAGCAGUGUGAAAUAGUUUUAUUUCAUGAUUUUUAGCGCGGUGCCUCACUUCUCGAGAUAAUGUUAGCUACACUGGGCUAUAGACUUUAAUCGGCUUUUUAUAAUUUUUAUAGAGGACGCAGGCAUGGUAUGAUAUACCAUUAAGAAGUUUAGUUAGUGAGUCGCCGAUAAGUCUGUAGUCCGAAGUUCAAGCCUCAAAUCGUUGUGAACGAUUGAACCAUUUUUAGGCUUUUAGUGUAAGAAUUUGCGUUCCUAUAGGUAAUUCUAAAAAACAAUAUUUAUCAGAGUACCUCAAUAUAGAUAAUUUAUUUUAAAAAUAUUUAUGCAAAUUAGUGACAACGUUUGUGCACUUUCAUAGAAGAUAUAUAUUUUUCGGCUAUUAAGUACUUAUUUAUUUGUUCUUGACUGUACUUGUUUACUAGAUUAUUGUUUUGGCCUAGAAUCUCAAGUUACUUAAAAUUGUAUCGUACUUACCGCAAUUAGGUACCUAUUAAACUAAGUUUAUUUCUGUUCAUCAGAAGAUAACAUGUGCACAAUUUAGUGUUGUACUUAACAUUCUAGAAUAUAGACUAUACUUGCCAAGUUACUAAUUUGCUUCCAUUAUGAUUUAGUUUCCUCGCAGCUUACCUUAUGAAGAGGCACCUCUACUUAAUAAACCCUAUAUUGGUGGUACUUAGCUAAGUAGUUAGACAAUUUAGAAAUUACUUUGUUAGUGUUAGUUUUAGCUGUGGAUUGAUAAUAUCCACAUCAGAAAUGUGAUAUUAUUGAGUCUUGGUAUAAGCAUAUAUUAGUGAAUAUUGUGAUUAAUAGUAAUAUUAAAUUAAAGAGCUUGCAUAAA